UCCAAACUUAAACUGCUGUCUGUUUGUCACAAGUGUUAUAUGUAAGUAACUGUAAUUGUUUAAAAGUCUAAAGCUUUCCAGGAAGGGUAGCCUAUUUAAAAUGCUGGCAUGAUUUAUUAACGUGGCCUCAAUGAACUCAUUCGGUCUUAUUUUCUUCAGUCGGUCACUUUGUCAGUGGCUUCACACCUGCUGAAUGUUUUUCACGAUACUACGGACAAAUUACCAACAAAGCGUCGUGCAAUUAAAAACAAAACAUAGUGUUUUCAAACAUUUGCAUUUUAGAUGAUGGCACUUUUGCUGGAUCAGCAGUUUGCGCCGCUGCCCGACACCAACGAGAUCGCUACGAAAACAUUUCUAGAGUCUGUUUCUCAUCUGCCACCUUUUUUCGAUUGCCUUGGUUCAAAGGUUUUUGCACCGAUUAAGGCUGACAUAAAUGGAAACAUCACAAAAAUUAAAGCUGUCUAUGACUCCGAUCCAGUGAAGUAUGAGACUCUUCAACAGAUUCUGUUAAUCGAGAAAAGCACCUAUGGCUCAGAGUGGCCUAAAGUUGGAGCCACAUUGGCACUUAUGUGGUUAAAGAGAGGCCUGCGGUUCAUUCAGAUCUUACUGCAAAGUCUAGCAGAUGGGGAAAGAGAUGAGCAAAAUCCCAAUCUUAUUCGCAUGAAUAUCACUAAAGCCUAUGACCAAGCCCUCAAGAAGUACCACGGCUGGAUUGUCCAGAAGGUUUUCAAGGCUGCACUAUUCGCUGCACCAUGCCGGUCGGAUUUCCUCAAAGCUUUAUCCAAGGAUCAAGAAGUUGCAGAGGAGGACUGUUUAGCAAAAAUCUGUCAGUUCUUGAUAAACUUCACUACAACUGUAGAUGCCAUUUAUGAAAUGUAUUCCAUAAUGAAUGCUGAACUGGACUACUUAGUUUGAAACAUCCAACAAAAGGUCAGUUUCUGAAGCAAUCUUUAAGUCUGCGCUGUUUUCAUGGGACGUUUAAGAGGGUCUUUAAAAAUAUGAUAUCACAGACUCAGUGAUGACUAAGAGCUUUUGUCCUUGUCAAUGUAGCUUUGAUUUUUCUAGUGUUUAGUGUGGAUAAGGAUGCGCUGUUUCAUGAAGGAAUGAUGCUUUAUCUAGAUUGUUAAAAAAAAAAACUCUUAUUUUCAAAUAAGAAAUAAGGUUUAUGUUUUGCUGUAAAAACCCAGUAGUGUUUUUCUGAGUGUAAUAAUUAUUACACUUAUUCAGGAGUCCUCAAUUCUAAACCUCAAGAUCCACUUUCCUGUAGAGAUUAGCUCCAAUCUUCAAUACACCUCACCUAUCUGCAACUUUAUAGUAAUCCUGAAGACCCAAAGCCCUGGGCUGGACGAUAUGUCCAAAAUUAAUAUCACAAUAUAUUUCUGAAUUUCAGUCGAUACAAUAUAAUUCCAAUAUCGAUAUGAACACUAUUUAUCUGAAAUGGAAUCUUUUUUCUAACAUUAUAAAUGGCUCUAUCAUCACUUUUGACAAAUUUUAAGCAUCCUUGUUAAAUAAAAUCAUUAAUUUAUAUUCUAUUAACCCCCCCCCCCCAAAAAAACAAACAAACAAAUAAACAUAUAUUUACUACAAGAUUUUGAAUGGAAUAGUGUAUGUUACAAAAGCUUUUUAUUUCAGAUAAAUGCUGAUCUUUGGAUUUUUCUAUUCAUCAAAAAUCCUGAAAAAAUAAAAUACUCAACUGUUUUAAAUACUGAUAAUCAGCAAAUCAGCAAACUGUAUUACAAUGAUUUCUGAAGGAUCGUUACACUGAAGACUAUACUCUGAUAGAGUAAUGAUGCUGAAAAUUCAGCUUUGAUCACAGAAAUUAAUUAGAUUUUAAAAUUAAUAGAAAUAGAAAGCAAUUUUUUAAAUGGUAAAUGUUUUUCAAAAUUUGACUGUUUUUGCUGUAAUUUGGAUCAAAUAAAUGCAGACUCGGUGAGCAGAAGAAAAUUCCUAAAAAUAAACAUAAAAAAUUGUACUGUUCAAAAACGUUUUACUAGUAGUGUAGGCUGAUUAUUCUCGUAGAUUGAAACAAAUGUGCUUCGGCCAGAAAAAAAAAGGGAGGUAUGAAAAGUGCUCAGCAACAACAAAAUCGGGAAAUGUUGCUGGAGAUGUACUUAUUGAAAAUGCAAAUUCAUUCUCUGCCAGCAGAAGGCACUUUAGAGUGGUAAAACUAAUGAGCUAACUAAUAAAAUAAUUGGUAACAC